GUAACACCUCCGCGACAGCUCGAGCAAGUGGUGAUUCAUUCUGGAGCGAUGGCCGGGAUGUGUCAAGUAAAACGAUCGAAAACCAUGAAACCAGUGGAUUGACACGAUUAAAUUAUUAUCAUUAUUAUUAUUAUAGACUAACAGGAAUAUCGAGCGAGUAUGAAGCUGAUUCAUAAAGACAUCGAGAAAGAUAAUACCGGUCAGGUGACGCUGAUCCCCGAGGAGGCGGAGGACAUGUGGCACACUUACAAUCUAGUGCAAGUGGGUGACAGCCUGAGAGCCUCCACCAUCAGGAAGGUGCAGACGGAGUCGUCCACGGGCAGCGUGGGAAGCUCGCGAGUGCGCACUAUGCUCACCGUCUGCGUUGAGACCAUCGACUUCGACUCACAGGCAUGCCAGCUGAGGGUCAAAGGCACCAACAUCGAGGAGAACCAGUAUGUCAAGAUGGGCGCCUACCACACCAUCGAGCUGGAGCUCAACAGGAAGUUCACUCUGGCCAAGAAAGUGUGGGACAGCGUGGUGCUCGACCGCAUCGAGCAGGCAUGUGACCCGGCACAGAAGGCAGACGUGGCAGCCGUGGUGAUGCAGGAGGGUCUGGCCAACCUGGUGCUGGUGACUCCGGCCAUGACACUGCUGCGAGCCAAAGUGGAGGUCACCAUCCCACGCAAGAGGAGAGGCAGCUGCGCCCAGCAUGAAAAGGCGCUGGAGCGAUUCUACGAAGCCGUCAUGCAGGGAAUUCUGAGACACUUCAACUUCGAAGUGGUGAAGUGUAUACUGGUGGCUAGUCCGGGUUUCGUUAAGGAUCAGUUCAUCUCCUACCUCUUUAAAGAAGCAGUGAGGCAGGAGUGCAAGGUUCUGCUGGAGAACAGGCCCAAAUUCAUGCUAGUGCACGCGUCAUCCGGACACAAGUACUCUCUCAAAGAGGUUCUGUCUGAUCCGGCCGUCACGAGCCGUCUGUCCGAUACAAAGGCUGCAGGCGAGGUAAAAGCCUUGGAGGAUUUUUACAAGAUGCUGCAACAUGAACCAGAUCGAGCUUUCUACGGCCUGGCGCACGUGGAAAAAGCGAGCGAAGCGUUAGGCGUCGACAUCCUGUUGAUCAGCGACCAACUGUUCAGACACCAGGACGUGGCCACCCGGAGCCGAUACGUCCGGCUUGUGGAUAACGUGAGGGACAACGGAGGAACGGUCAGGGUAUUUUCAAGCUUGCACGUCUCCGGAGAACAGCUAAAUCAACUCAGCGGCGUGGCAGCCAUCUUGCGCUUCCCCAUCGCCGACGUGUCUGAUGCCGAGGAAAACAGCAGCUCUGAUGAAGAUUGAUGGAGAUCCAACAUGAAAUUGAACACCAUAAACACCUCACUAAUGUGUUUAAACGUAGCAAUUCCAUCAUUAUAACAGCUAGAAGAAACGUGCCUUUAAUGUCCAAUGUGGUCAAAUGAUCCCAAGCGGUGGACUGAUACAUCGGUAUAUUGGUAUCGCAUAUUAGUAUAAUGAAAUAUCCUACAUGGAUUUUUUUUUUUUGAUUGGAAAUGUUGUAUGCGAUUCGUAGACUUUCUUUCAUCUCACGAAAAAACACGACAGUGGAGUUAUCGAAACGGACAGGGAAUAAAAUCCAGCAUUUUCCCCUUCAAUCAUUCUCGAGGUGGUUAAAAAAAAAAACACACAUCUGCUUUGCUUAACUCUUUAAUAAUCAAAGGAAAGAAAUGGAAAGUCCAAAUUGAGCAAAUGUAGCUUUUGUUUUCAUUUCGAUUGUAAAUAAAUGAUAUGAUAUGUUUCUUUCAGUAAAUAAAACAUGCAGCAUUUGGAAAAAA